ACACUUUAAUAUUAACCUGUUUCCUCCUCCUCCUUCUCCUCCUCCUCUGUGACCUCCUCCUCCUCCUCUUUCUCCUGAGAAACUUCGCCCCGGCGGUGCGGAGCGCCGCUGCGCAGCCGGGGAGGGACGCAGGCGAGGCGGAGGGCAGCGGGAGGCGGUAGCCGGUGCGGUCCCCGCGGCUCUCCGCGCAGCCCGGGCCCGCCGCGCCAUGGCCCGGAGACCCCGGCACAGCAUAUACAGUAGCGAUGAAGACGACGAAGACAUUGAGAUGUGUGACCAUGAUUAUGACGGGCUGCUUCCCAAGUCUGGAAAGCGUCAUUUGGGGAAAACUAGGUGGACCCGGGAGGAGGAUGAAAAGCUAAAGAAGCUGGUGGAGCAGAAUGGGACGGAUGACUGGAAAGUAAUUGCCAACUAUCUCCCGAAUCGGACAGAUGUGCAAUGCCAACACCGAUGGCAGAAAGUGUUAAACCCUGAGCUCAUCAAGGGUCCCUGGACCAAAGAAGAAGACCAGAGAGUGAUAGAGCUUGUACAGAAAUACGGUCCAAAACGUUGGUCUGUUAUUGCCAAGCACUUAAAGGGGAGAAUUGGAAAACAAUGCAGGGAGAGGUGGCAUAACCACUUGAAUCCAGAAGUUAAGAAAACCUCCUGGACAGAAGAGGAAGACAGAAUUAUUUACCAAGCACACAAGAGACUGGGGAACAGAUGGGCAGAAAUCGCAAAGCUACUGCCUGGACGAACUGAUAAUGCUAUCAAGAACCACUGGAAUUCCACAAUGCGUCGGAAGGUGGAACAGGAAGGUUAUCUACAGGAGUCUUCAAAAGCCAGCCAGCCAGCAGUAGCCCCCAGCUUCCAGAAGAACAAUCAUUUGAUGAGUUUUGCUCAUGCCCCACCUUCUCAGCUCCCUCCUACUGGCCAGUCCCCUGUGAACAGUGACUAUUCCUAUUACCACGUUUCUGAAGCACAAAGUGUCUCCAGCCAUGUUCCAUAUCCUGUAGCCUUACAUGUAAAUAUAGUCAACGUCCCUCAGCCAGCUGCUGCAGCCAUUCAGAGACACUAUAAUGAUGAAGACCCUGAGAAAGAAAAGCGAAUAAAGGAAUUAGAGUUGCUCCUAAUGUCGACUGAGAAUGAGCUGAAAGGCCAGCAGGCAUUGCCAACACAGAACCACACUUGCAGUUACCCAGGGUGGCACAGCACUUCCAUUGCGGACCACACCAGACCUCAUGGAGACAGUGCACCUGUUUCCUGUUUGGGAGAACACCACUCCACUCCAUCUCUGCCUGCAGAUCCCGGCUCCCUGCCUGAAGAAAGCGCCUCACCAACAAGGUGCAUGAUCGUCCAUCAGGGCACCAUUCUGGAUAAUGUUAAGAACCUCUUAGAAUUUGCAGAAACACUCCAAUUUAUAGAUUCUGAUUCUUCAGCACGGUGUGAUCUCAGCAGUUUUGAAAUCUUUGAAGAAGCAGCUUUUUCACCUAGCCAACAUCACACAGGCAAAGCCCUCCAGCUGCAGCAAAGACAGGGCUCUGGGACUAGACCUGCAGGACAGCCUAGCCCGAGGGUGCACAGACGCAUGCUGAGUGAGGGUUCCCUUGGUCCAGCCAGGGCCUUACCUCCUUCGAGGCAAAGCACAAUUCCACUGGUCAUCCUUCGAAAAAAGCGGGGCCAGGCCGGCCCCUUAGCCACUGGAGACUCUAGCUCCUUCCUAUUUGCUGACGUCAGCAGCUCAACUCCCAAGCGUUCCCCUGUCAAAAGUCUGCCCUUCUCUCCCUCGCAGUUCUUAAACACUUCCAGUAACCAUGAAAACCUAGACUUGGAAAUGCCUUCCUUAACUUCCACUCCUCUCAAUGGUCACAAAUUGACUGUUACAACACCAUUUCAUAGAGACCAGACUGUGAAAACCCAAAAGGAAAAUUCUAUCUUUAGAACUCCAGCUAUCAAAAGGUCAAUCCUAGAAAGCUCUCCAAGAACUCCUACACCGUUCAAGCAUGCACUUGCAGCUCAAGAAAUUAAAUAUGGUCCCCUGAAGAUGCUACCUCAGACACCCUCUCAUUUAGUGGAAGACUUACAGGAUGUGAUCAAACAGGAAUCUGAUGAAUCCGGAAUUGUUGCUGAGUUUCAAGAGAAUGGACAGCCCUUGCUCAAGAAAAUCAAACAGGAGGUUGAGUCUCCAACUGAUAAAGUGGGAAACUUCUUCUGCUCAAACCACUGGGAAGGGGACAGUCUGAGCACCCAGCUGUUCCCUCAGGCGUCUCCUGUGGCAGAUGCCCCGAAUAUUCUCACAAGCUCUGUUUUAAUGACACCCGUCUCAGAAGACGAAGACAAUGCUCUCAAAGCAUUUACAGUACCUAAAAACAGGCCCCUGGUGAGUCCCUUGCAGCCUUGCAGUGGAACCUGGGAGCCAGCAUCCUGUGGGAAGACAGAGGAUCAGAUGACAGCUUCAGGUCAGGCUCGCAAAUAUGUGAACGCGUUCUCAGCUCGGACUCUGGUCAUGUGAGACAUUUCCAGAAAAGCAUUAUGGUUUUCAGAACACUUCAAGUUGACUUGUGAUAUGUCAUUCCUCAGCAUGGAACUCUUCAUGAUUAAAAGAAGAGCCUAUUUUUGUUGUGGUACAACAGUUGAGAACAGCACCAAGUGCAUUUAGUUGAGUGAAAUCUUACUGGAUUUCAACCAACUAAAAGGAUUUUUAAAAAAUAAAUAACAGUCUUACCUAAAUUAUUAGGUAAUGAAUUGUAACCAUUUGUUAAUAUCGUAAUGCAGAUUUUUAAGAAAUGAUUUAUUUGUGUUUUAGAGGAUCCAACAGAUCAGUAUUUUUUACUGUGAUGAGUUUUUUUCUUUUGAAAUUGUUCACGAAGAAAGAUACUCCAGUAUUUCACUUUUCUCAAUCAUUGAACAUACACAUAGAUUUUUUUUAAAAAAUCAGUAAAAGCAUUACUCUAAAUGCUGGCAAAAUACCAUGAGACAGUUAAUAGAGACUGUAAAUGCUCGUUUGUGGUUAAUAACCUUGGAGGUACAUUUAUUGUACUAAACAAUUUCAUGAGUUUUUUUGUUAGCUUGCUUUAAAAAUUAUUACUGUAUGAAAUAGUUUUAUAAAAAAUAUAUUUUUAUUCAGUAAUUUAAAUUUUGUAAAUGCCAAAUGGAAAAUGUGUUUUGCUGCUAUGGUGGUAGCCUGUAGAGAUGCUGCUAGUUGACAGGGCAGUAGAGCUUGGAUGGAAAGAAACUCGGUGUUAGGUAAUUGACUAUGCACUAGUAUUUCAGACUUUUUUAUUUUUAUAUUAUAUAUACAUUUUUCCUUUUGUAAUACAUUGGAAAAGUUAUUUGGGAGAUUUUUGAUUUGUUGUAUGUUUUUUGUUUUUUAGGAAUUUUUUUUUGUUAUUGUUGGUUUAUAAAAGCAUGCAUUGCACUUCUUUUUUUUUGGGAGAUUUAUGUUGUUGAUGUCUUGUGUUCUGUUUUGAGUUCAGCCUGACUGCUCAUUAAUUCAGGUGUUCUGAGUUUGAUCUGCAUUUGCCAUAGUUCCCAAGUGUAUGGUCCCAGAACUGCCCUAUUGAUCCUGUUUGCAGCAGGGGAGACAAAGAUGAAGGUCAAUAGCCAGUUGCUGCCUUAAGAACAUUUGGUGCAAAAAUGGCCAGCACUGAACUUUCGAAAUGACAGUGUACUUACUGCCUUGUAGCAAAAUAAAGCUGUGCCCUUAUUUUACAUA